AUGUCUGUUCCAGGCCUGGUGACCGCGGUCGCCCGCUUUCUGGCCUCGCGCUGGCCGCGUGGCAAGCGCGCGCCAGUGCCGCAACAGCAACUGGAAGCCAUCAAACGGCUCAUUCCAGAGAAUCUGAGGUCCUUGAUUCCCCGCCGCAUGCUUUUCGCGUCAGGCGGCCGCGCGAAGGCGCUCCGAGAGAUGAUCGGUCCUCCACGCGUGGAGCGGCAGAAGGGCGGCUUGUUAGAGGCUGCCUGGAUCCAAGCGCUACGUUCCUGGUCUGGCACCUGCUGCCCGCCAGACGUGACAGGCGGUUUGGCCAUCUUGCACCCACCCCCGGCGGGGAACUCCAAGUGGCCCGGCCUUCUGCUGGCACUGUGCUUGGCCUGCGAGUCCCGAGAUCGAGAGUUGCUCAGACAGGACGAGGUGCUGGAGGCGUCAGAGGCGCAGCUCUGGGCAGCGCUGCCACGGAAGCUGCGCAGUGCACUCUCUGCAUCCGGGGGCGUGCAGCCUGAAGACGCCAUGAUUGCUUUCGCGGUCGACGACGCGGACCUUUCCUGGCUCUACGUUUUACGUUUUGGAUUUACUGGAAGUGCCCUUGUCCUGGAAGAAGGUAGUUGGUGGGAUCAAGUUGGCGUGGAUCGGCUAUAUCAGCUGGACGUCGAAACUUUUGCAAAGGGCUUGAGUGAUGCAAGAGUAGCAUGGCUGAUCAAGUGGAUUGAUGCCCGGAUGCGAGAAAGGCGCGUGACAGGGCAGCAAAUGAAAUCUGCACCGGGACGAAUGGCCUUUGGCCUAGCAAGGCUUGAGGCGACCAAGCUGGUGGCGCUGCCCGCCGGAAUUUACGCAGUAUUGUGUUUCUUCAAGCAUGAAGUGCUGCGAGCUCCUAUGGCAACUCCCAGUCCCAUCCCACUGUCGGACAGCCUGCGAUGGCUUUCGACAGAUGCAAGGCAGAGGGCGACUGGGUCGUACUUGGAUGGGAGAGCUUUGGAGGCACCACGCCCAUGGGUCAGCAUCAGAUUGAGCCGGGCCAAUGCACCGUGGGCUUACAGCAAGGGAGAGCCAUUCAAAUGCAUAGCUGCGCUUGAUUUGCCUCUUCGCGCCACGCGGGCCGUGGAAGAAUCGUCGGAGCACGAUUUGGAUCAAAGGGGCAAUCCAACACAUAUGUCAGAUAAGUACAUGACCACCACUUACCCCUCGUUCAUCGUCCUCAUGGAACUGGCUGCCCAGCCGAGCGGCAAGGGCGUCGCACUGACACUGACUGGAGCAUUGCAGAACGUGGAUGAGCUGUGUCCACAGAGCAGCAAGCGGGAGGCGAUCGAAAUUUUGGGGGCAGAGGCUAAGGCCAAAGGUGCCCUCCGGACGGCCGACCCAUGGUGA